AUGGACAGGAUCCAGCACGGCGGUCUCGAUGGCGUGAGUCCGGUCAACCUCGUGCUGAGUUGUGUGGACAACUACGCUGCGCGCAUGACCAUCAACGCGGUGUGCAACGAGCUGAACCAGACCUGGAUGGAGUCUGGUGUCUCCGAGAAUGCGGUGUCUGGCCACAUCCAGACCAUGGUGCCUGGGAGGUACGCCUGCUUCGAGUGCGCCCCCCCAUGCGUCGUGGCUGCCGGGGAGGACGAGAAGGCCAUCAAGCGCGAGGGCGUCUGCGCCGCGUCGCUGCCCACCACCAUGGGCAUCACGGCCGGCUUCCUGGCCCAG